GACUUUGCGAGCUCGCAACCAGAAAGACGGAAGUUGAAUUCUGUCCAGUUCACAUGGGAUAAACAAUUUUAACAAAAAUUCAAUUUUUAACGAUUUGUAAGUUAUUGGAAAACAAUUGUAGACAUCGCUAACAUACAGAAGAAUCAUGGGAGUUCCAGCGUUUUUUCGCUGGCUCAGUAGGAAAUACCCGUCGAUUGUUGUACACUGUGUGGAGGAAAAAACAAGAGAGGUGAAUGGUGUGAAGUUUCCUGUAGAUUCAAGCCAGCCUAAUCCGAAUGAUACAGAAUUUGAUAAUCUCUAUCUGGAUAUGAAUGGAAUCAUACAUCCCUGUACCCAUCCAGAAGAUAAGCCAGCUCCAAAAAAUGAAGAAGAAAUGAUGAUUCUCAUAUUUGAGUACAUAGACAGAAUAUUUUCUAUUGUGCGACCAAGACGGGUGUUGUAUAUGGCAAUAGAUGGCGUGGCUCCAAGGGCCAAAAUGAAUCAGCAGAGGAGUAGAAGAUUCCGGGCUUCAAAGGAGGCAGUUGAGACAGCAGAAGAGAUAUCCCGUGUCAGAGAAGAGUUGUUACUUAAAGGUUGUAGUGUCCCUCCAGAAAAACCAGCUUCUGAAAAGUUUGACAGCAACUGUAUUACACCAGGUACACCCUUCAUGUUCCGACUUGCCAACUGUCUUCGAUUCUACAUCCAUGAUAGAUUAAACAAUGACGCUGGCUGGAAAGGUAUUAAGGUAAUUCUGUCAGAUGCCAAUGUUCCAGGAGAGGGGGAGCAUAAAAUCAUGGACUUUAUCCGAAAACAAAGAGCACAACCAGACCAUGAUCCAAACACUAAACACUGUCUCUGUGGGGCCGAUGCUGAUUUGAUCAUGUUAGGUCUGGCUACACAUGAACCAUACUUUACCAUCAUCAGGGAGGAGUUCAAGCCAAAUAAACCACGCCCUUGCAGUCUGUGUGGUCAGAUUGGUCAUGAACUGAAGGAAUGUCAGGGAAUAGAGAAGGAAAAAAGUGGCGAGUUUGACCAGAAAGCAACUGUGUUUGCCGACGAAACACCUUUCAUAUUUCUACGCCUAAAUAUACUUCGAGAAUAUUUAGAAAGAGAGCUUCUGAUGAAUGGCCUGCCAUUUCCUUAUGACUUCGAGAGAGCUUUAGACGACUGGGUAUUUAUGUGUUUCUUUGUUGGGAAUGAUUUCUUACCACACUUGCCAUCUCUAGAAAUAAGGGAAGGUGCAAUUGACAGAUUGAUAAAGCUGUAUAAGAAUGCUGUCAGAAGGACUGGGGGAUACCUUACAGACAGUGGUGUUGUGGCCUUGGAAAGAGUUCAGCUUAUUAUGCAAGAACUGGGAGAGGUUGAAGAUGAGAUUUUCAAGAAGAGACGUGAUGAUGAGAUGAAUUUCCGCAGACGAAACAAAGAAAAACGGCGUAGAAAUAGAAGGUUCGAUGACAAACCUCGUUAUAUCCCUGGGGGCAUGCUGGCGCCACAACCUUUGGGACGAGGACGACCCGGUGUGGGUGCACCUUCAGGAAAUGUGAGACAAGAAGCAUAUCAACAAAGAAUGCAAAACUUCUCCACAUCCUCGUCCGACAGAGAUUUGGCAAACUUAGAUGCGGCGCAGGCGCUCAAAGCAAUGAUGAAUUCUGAUAAUAACGAGAGAGGCGAGAAACGUAAACGUGAGAAUAUGGACAGUGACAGUGAUCCUGAACCGGAAGAUGAUGUCAAAUUGUGGGAAGAUGGCUGGAAGGACAGAUAUUACAAGAACAAAUUUGACGUGGGAUCUGAAGAUAUAGCUUUCAGACAUAAUGUGGCUAAUCACUAUGUGAGAGGGUUAUGUUGGGUUUUACGUUACUACUAUCAAGGCUGUGCCUCGUGGAAGUGGUAUUUCCCCUAUCAUUACGCACCUUUUGCUUCCGAUUUUGUUAAUGUUGCUGCCUUGUCAAAUGAUUUUGAGAAGGAUACCGAGCCAUUUAAGCCACUAGAACAGUUGAUGGGCGUGUUUCCGGCAGGAAGUAAACAACACGUUCCACCCACCUGGCAGGAAUUGAUGACAGAUCCAAAAUCUCCAAUUAUUGAUUUUUAUCCAAUCAACUUCAAGAUAGAUCUCAAUGGCAAAAAGUAUGCUUGGCAAGGUGUUGCCCUAUUACCAUUUGUGGAUGAGAAAAGGUUAUGGAAAGCCUUGGACAAAGUCUAUCCAGAUCUCACAGAUGCUGAAAUAAAAAGAAAUAUCCGAGGGAGUGACAGAUUGUUUGUGAGUCAGUCACAUUCAGUACAUGCUUUCCUCGAGGCACUGUAUGAGGAAGACAAGAGCGAUAAAACUCAAUUAGAAGUUAAUCCGUCACAAGCUCAGGGCAUGGCAGGCAAAGUAUGGCAAGAUGAGUUUGUGUACCUCACUGGCGAAACUGUGAAAAGUCCCUUACCUCAGCUAGCAGAUCUUGAAGACAAUAGGGUUGUAAGUGUACAGUACUGUGACCCUAUGUAUAAGACAGGAUUCCAUUUUCAAGCCAAAGUUUUGCCUGGAGCUGUUAUGCCAGACAAAGUGUUAAAACCGGAGGAUUUUGACAAGUUUAACAGAGGUAACCAGUAUCGUCCCCAGCUCGGCUUUCAGAGAGACAGUGGUUACAGGGGACGUAGGGACAUGGGACCAGCAAAUAGAAUGAUCAGUGAUGAUGAUAUUAUUAAAAUACACAUGCAUUUAUGGAGGGGCGGUGCCAAUAUAGCUCCACCUUCAUCCUACGGUAAUCAAGGUGGCUACAAUCAAAAUAAUAGAGGUGGUGUUGGAGGCUAUAACAGGGGAGGUUACAGUGGCGGAUAUGGUGCCAGACAAGGGGGAGGUUGGAUACCACCAGCGUUACCUCAAGUAUACCCAGCCAUGAAUCAGGGCAGCUAUGGUUACCAGAACAACCAGUCUGGGGCAAUGAAUUCUUUCCAGAGAAAUACGCAGGCCCAGUCCGGAGGUUAUAGUAGACACAAUCAAGGAGGCGGGGCUUCAGGAUAUGGGAAUGGUAAUAGAAAUACAUACGGUGGAUCUUACAGUGGAUCAUAUAGUACUGGCAACCAAGGUGGUGGUGGUGGUGGUGGUGGUUCCCAGUAUGGGGGAUCAUACUCUACAUCACAAGGUGGUAGUGGUGGUGGAAACAGGAACCAGCAAGGAGACAGAGAUAAUAGGUAUGGAAAUAACAACAACAGAGGUUACCCCAUGCCCCCUGGGUAUAGAAGAUGAGACUGUAAGGUGUUUGAGAUGAAGGUAUUCUCAUAAGGGGCUGAUGGUACAAGAUCAAGUUAUGGCCCCUCUCCAUUCACAGACUUGCCUAAAUAAUGAAAUAAUGUUUUCAUAUAUACAAAAAAAUGCAGGACUUGUCUAUAUAUAUAGAAAUUAUCUGACUGUAAAUAGUUGGAAGUGAAACUCAUUUUAAAUUGUAAAUAGAAUGGAAUGAAUUAUAUAUUUAAGUAUGAAUAAUAUUUAAGUAUGAAUAAUGCCUAGACGCAUACUACUGUGCAAUUUCAGCAUAAAAAGUAACAAACAUUGUUCUGUAGUCUCAUUGAAGCUGUUGAAACUUACUUUCAAAGAGCAGUUCUAGAAAAUGAAUUGAUCUGAAAGUCAAAAAAAAAAAGAGAGAUGAAAAAAUAAACUUGUCUUCUUGUU